AUGUCGUUUGGAGGCCAAACUCCCACCAUCAUCGUCCUCAAGGAAGGCACCGAUACCUCCCAGGGCAAGGGCCAAAUUGUAUCCAACAUCAAUGCCUGUCUCGCUGUUCAGGCCACCAUCAAAUCGACCCUAGGCCCUUACGGCGGGGACCUGUUGAUGGUUGAUGAGAAUGGCAAGCAGACCAUCACCAACGACGGCGCCACCGUCAUGAAGCUCCUCGAUAUUGUCCACCCCGCUGCCCGGAUCCUCGUCGACAUCGCUCGAUCACAAGACGCUGAAGUUGGCGACGGCACAACCUCCGUCGUUGUUCUUGCGGGCGAGAUCUUGAAGGAGGUCAAAGACCAUGUCGAGCAGGGUGUCAGCUCUCAGAUCAUCAUCAAGGGUUUGAGAAGAGCAUCACAGUUGGCUGUUAAUAAGAUCAAGGAGAUCGCUAUUAGCACCAACGAGGGUAAUCGUCGCGACACGCUGAAAAAGUUGGCCGCUACCGCCAUGACCAGCAAGUUGAUCAAGCAAAACACAGGGUUCUUCACGGAGAUGGUUGUCGAUGCCGUAUUGUCCCUCGACCAAGACGAUCUCAACGAGAAGUUGAUUGGAAUCAAGAAAAUCCCCGGCGGCUCCCUGACCGACUCGCGAUUCGUCAACGGUGUGGCUUUCAAGAAGACCUUCUCGUACGCCGGUUUCGAGCAACAACCCAAAUCGUUCAAGAAGCCUAAGAUUGUAUGCUUGAACGUGGAGUUGGAACUCAAGGCCGAGAAGGACAACGCCGAGGUUCGUGUGGAGCAGGUGUCAGAGUAUCAAGCCAUUGUCGACGCUGAGUGGCAGAUUAUCUACAAGAAGCUGGAGGCUAUCUACAAGACUGGUGCCAAAGUUGUUCUGAGCAAGCUGCCCAUUGGCGAUUUGGCCACUCAAUAUUUUGCCGACAGAGACAUCUUCUGCGCCGGCCGUGUCUCUUCAGAGGAUAUGGAGCGUGUGGUCCAGGCUACCGGCGCUGUUAUCCAGUCAACGUGCUCUGACAUCCUGCCCGAGCACCUGGGCACAUGUGGUAGCUUCGAGGAGCGCCAGAUCGGCGGCGAGCGAUUCAACUUCUUCGAGGAGUGCCCUGAAGCCAAGACCUGCACCCUGGUGCUGCGUGGAGGUGCAGAGCAGUUUAUUGCCGAGGUUGAGCGAUCCCUGCACGACGCCAUCAUGAUUGUCAAGAGAGCCAUCAAGAACCACAUGGUUGUUGGGGGUGGUGGUGCUGUCGAAAUGGAAAUCUCAGCCUACCUACACCGUUUUGCUGACAAGAACAUUUCCCACAAGCAACAAGCCAUCAUCAAAUCAUUCGCCAAGGCCCUCGAGAUCAUCCCGCGACAGCUAUGCGAUAAUGCCGGAUUCGACGCCACCGAUAUCCUCAACAAGCUGCGCGUGGAGCACCGCAAGGGCAGCACCUGGGCAGGAGUGGACUUCAAGAAUGAAGGUGUAGCCGACAUGAUGGAGCGGUUUGUCUGGGAACCGGCCCUUGUCAAGAUCAACGCUCUGCAGGCCGCUACUGAAGCCAGUUGCUUGAUCCUGGGAGUAGACGAAACCAUUCGAAACGAGGAAAGUGCGAAGCCCCAAGCCCCCGGCCAGCUGCCGCCGGGCGCUGCUCAGCGGGCAGUCCGUGGUCGUGGCCGUGGAAUGCCCCGUCGAUGA